AUGGCGGCAGCUGGUGGCUGGAGGUACUUGAGGUUGUACUCCUCCAAGGCCCCAAGUGCGGCCCCUUGGAGCUCCCUGGCCGUGAAGUGCAUGUCCAGUGCUCAGAUUUCGCAGACAAACCUGACAGAUGCAGCCUCUUCUGAAUCUACCAGCAACUCCAACAGCACCUUGACAUCCACAGAGGAACUCGUGCAGGAGCUGCUUGCAGAUGCUGUGGGGGCCAAUGUCUCAGGACAAUCUGGGAGGCUUGAUUCGUCGUUCACGCAAGAUGGAGGGAUACACAGGCAAGGGCAUUUCCAGCACAGGGAUAGUGGGUUAGAUGUCAGGCCAUUGCCACUAAACUCAGGAGUUGGGAUGGGCAGUGAAGUUUGGCCAGACAGAGGCAGAUAUGACACAGACGGUGAUGUUCGGUACACGGAUGAGUUGAGUCCCAGUCAGAGACAGUUGGAAAGGCAACUGGAAAAGAGGAGAGAACGGUCUGAGCGUGCUUUGGUGAAAGGCCGGUUUGUGGACGAAGACAAGUCAAGGACGAGCUUCAGGGCAACUGGCAACGAGUACUACCUUUCUGGCCUGCCAUAUGACGAGUCGCCAGCAAGGCUGCAUGAAGCCAUGUGUGUGGCCCACCUGUGGAGGCAGAGUUUUGAAGAGCCGGACCGAGUGUGGGAUGACCUCAUGAAGACCUUGUCAGACAACAAGCUGUGGGAGUUUGUUUACAGGCACCUUGCGGGGGCCGUGCACUUUCAGGAGGUGCGUGCGCUGAAAAAGCAGGGUGCCGCUCUUGAGAGGGGCCUGAAAGACCUGCGGAACGCAGUCAUCGGGGGGCGAUUCCAGUGGCAGGGAGAGGCCGGCGUCGUCAUUCAUGGGACAUUGAGGAAUGCACUGCAGACGCGAGAGGCGAGGGCGGAUUUGGAAGAUGCCAAAGAGAACAAGGACGAUGAGUUUCUGGCGUCUAUCCAGCAUCGCUUCCAGGACAAGAUGGUGGAACACGCACUGCGCAUCGUCCUGGAGCCUGUCUUUGAGCCCUCUUUUGCAAACAACUCACAUGGCUUCCGCCCAGGUCGGUCCCAGUUCACUGCCUUCGGGCAGAUCAGGGCGCAGUUUCAAAACUGCAACUGGUACUUCCGAUCUAACCUCAGGACGCUGUACGACGUAGUCAUCAAUGACAGGGCUGUGUUCCGUGACAAGCUCAAGGCCAUUCUGGCGGAACGGAUCUCUGACGUGCGCUUUUUGGAGCUGUUAAUGUCUGGGAUCGACUCUGAGGCCGUGAUGGGCCGCCAGGCUGUGAGUCCCUCAGAGCCAGGCGUCAGCCCGCUUUCGUCCAAGUCUGGGAUUGUGCCCCUCCUGUGCAACAUCUACUUCAACGAUUUCGACAUCUGGCUGAAGAAACAGGCCGCGGGCUUCAACAAGGGGGCCACCAGACGGUUGAACCCUGAGCGCCUGGCACACCUCAGGGACUCCAACCUGAAGCUGGCGCAGCAGACACCGAUCCUUGACCCUUUUGACCCACAUUUCAAACGCAUGGCGUUCUGCCGCUAUGCCGACGAUUUCAUUGUCGCCUUUGGGUCUCCCAGGUCGGACGCAGUUGCGAUGGUGGAGGACAUAUAUGAAUUCCUGGACAAGGAUCUUCACACACCACCGCCUGAGGAUGCCAACCUUGUCAACAUCAUGACAAAGGACGUGCACUUCUUGGGCCACCUGCUCAGAAAACGGUUGGUGACUCCAGAGAAGGAGGAGCGGAGGCGGGUACUCAAAGCGCAUGCCAAGGCGAUCCAGGAGCGAUGGAAAUCGGUGAAGUUCUCAGCCGAUGCUCAGCCAGCUAGGGAGGGGGAGGCUGGCCGAGAUGUAGCUCAGCUGGAGCAUGUCCCUGUGGUGGACAGCUUGGGCCAGGUUCUCUGCCGAGACGACCUCAUCCGUGCCAGCAUCAGGCGAGUGCUGUCCAUCGAUGCUGAUAUUGACAAACUGGUCCGUUUGCUGGCACGGGCAGGCUUCUGUCACAAGAAUGGAGAGCCCAUCCCAAACUUCAGAUACAUGCACUGCACCCAGAGCGAGACCAAUGAGGCUGUGCGCAAGAUGCUGUUCGGCCUGUGCGACUACCUGCGUGCCGCAGGCAACCGCCAGCGGGUGGUGCACUACCUGUCCAACGUGCUGCGCCACUCCCUGGCCAAGAUGUUCGCCGCCAAGUUCAAGCUGACCUCCAGGAGGAAGGUCUUCAAACGUGGUGGCAAGUCCCUUGCGGGCUGGAUCAAGGCCGGCAAGCCGCCCAUAGGGAAAGUGGACGAUGUUGAUGAGAGCCGGCUGCCCCGCGAGGGGCGGGACGUGUUGGCGGCCAUACCCUUCGUGAGGGGCUCCCAGGUGCCCAAACCGGAUGUCAGUCAUCUGCCAAACGACUGGGAGCCGCGGCUGAUACAGGACCUCAAGAGCCGGGUGUGCCGGCCAGUCGGUGGCGAAUCGACUUGA